AACAUGUCUGACCCCACGGUCAAUGCACAGCUGGAUGGGAUCAUCUCGGACUUCGAAGCCUUGAAGAGAUCCUUUGAGGUCGAGGAGGUUGAGACACCCAACUCUACACCACCACGGCGAAUCCAGACACCACUCCUCCGCACCACUGUUGCCAGCUCCACACAAAAAUUCCAGGACCUUGGUGUGAAGAACUCUGAGUCAUCUGCCCGUCAUGUGGACUCCCCGGUCCAGAAGUCCCCCAAGCCUUCCUUAAGGAGAAUUGAGCUUUCUGGACCCAAAAGUGAACCUGUGUCACGGAGGACGGAAAUCUCCAUCGAUAUCUCCUCUAAGCAGGUAGAGAACUCUAGCAGCCCAGGGCCAUCCCGGUUCAGCCUUAAAAGAGCUGAGGUUCUGGGGCAUAAGACCCCAGAGCCAUCUUCCAGAAGAACCGAGAUUACAGUAGUCAAACCCCAGGAACCAUCCCUUCGGAGGAUGGAUGCUCCAGUGUCAAAAAUCCCUGAGUUACCCCAGCGAAGACUGGAUGUGUUUGCCGUACCUCUAGCUGAGGCACCCCCAAAGCGGGUUGAGAUCCAGGUCACCAAGACAGCUGAUGCCUCACCUCCACCCAUUCAACCUGUGGAAAAUUCAGAACAUGCUCCAGCUUCUCCUCAGCAGAAAAGAUUGGAAUUCAAGUCCCAGACUAUGGUGGCUGAUAUACCACCAAAGAACCUGGAGGCCGCAGAGGCAGUUCCUAGCCAUACCAGCAUCAUGGCAGAUAACUCUAGAGAAGCUGGGUUAAAGCAAGCCAUCCCCCAGAGGAAUGAGAAGGCCACCCUUGACUUUGGUUAUGUGGGAAUCGAUGCCAUCCUGGAGCAGAUGAGGCGGAAAGCCAUGAAGCAGGGCUUUGAAUUUAACAUCAUGGUGGUUGGUCAGAGUGGCUUAGGGAAAUCCACAUUAAUCAACACUCUGUUCAAAUCCAAAGUCAGUCGGAAAUCAGUCCAACCAGUUUCAGAGGAACGGAUCCCCAAAACCAUUGAGAUCAAAUCCAUCACUCAUGAAAUUGAAGAGAAGGGUGUCCGGAUGAAGCUGACUGUGAUUGACACACCAGGUUUUGGGGAUCACAUUAACAAUGAGAACUGCUGGCAGCCCAUUAUGCAAUUCAUCAAUGAUCAGUAUGAGAAAUACCUGCAGGAGGAAAUUAAUAUCAACCGAAAGAAGAGGAUCCCAGACACCCGGGUUCACUGCUGCAUCUACUUCAUUCCUGCCACUGGCCAUUCUCUCCGGCCACUGGAUAUUGAAUUCAUGAGACGUCUGAGCAAAGUGGUCAACAUCGUCCCAGUUAUUGCAAAAGCUGACACCCUAACGCUGGAAGAAAGAGACUACUUCAAACAAAGGAUCACUGCUGACUUGCUGUCCAAUGGUAUUGAUGUAUAUCCCCAGAAAGAAUUUGAUGAGGACUCAGAAGACAGAUUAGUCAAUGAGAAAUUUAGAGAAAUGAUUCCAUUUGCUGUUGUGGGCAGUGAUCACGAAUACCAAGUGAAUGGGAAAAGAAUCCUUGGGAGGAAGACUAAAUGGGGCACCAUUGAAGUUGAAAAUACUACACACUGUGAGUUUGCUUAUCUGCGAGAUCUCCUUAUCAGGACACACAUGCAGAACAUUAAGGACAUUACCAGCAGUAUUCACUUUGAAGCCUAUCGGGUAAAGCGUCUGAAUGAAGACAGCAACAUCAUGCUUUCCAAUGGUGUGGAGGAGGAAGUGGCACCCCAGGAGAUGUAGAAACCUUACUCGGUCCCUAGGAUCCAUCCCUUCCACCUAUUCUCAUUCCCCCAGCCUACUACCCUUCCCGUCUUGUUUUAUUUUAUAUAAUUUCCUAUUUUCAUCAUCAUCCAUCCCUUUUACAUGCUGCCAUUGUCACUUGACCAGAUAACAAGAUACCAUAUAUCAUU